GCCGGGGGCGGGUUGGACCCCCCCCCCCCCACCAACUUGACAAAACCUAAUAACAGCCCGGUCUCCCCGGCGCAGCGGGCGAAGCCCCACGGGAGGGCAGAGACGUGGCAAGAGGGGACCUGCCGAGCCUGUUCUGGCCUCCGAGGCCGGGGUGGGGGGGGCGGGCUGGGCGUGGGGGGGGGCCGGCGGCUGCGGCACCUUUAAGACAAGGGAGGACCCCUCUUGCCCUCGGAGAAACCAGGAAGGGAGUCGCGAGCAUCAUACGGGGCUUUGGCUGUACUGUACAGUUACUGUAGGGGCAGUGACGCCGCCGCCGCCGCCGGAGCGAGGGAGCGACGAGUGGAGAGCGCGAGAGGCGGAGAGCGAGAGACGCGGACCCCGGAGGCGAGCGGCCGAGGAGCCCAGUCCCAACUCCGGGCCCCGGCCCCUCGCGCCCCGGCCCGGCCCGGCCCCGGCCCGGCCGCGCGAGGUCUCGGCGCGGAAGAUGGCCGGCGGUGUGGACGGCCCCAUCGGGAUCCCGUUCCCUGACCACAGCAGCGACAUCCUGAGCGGACUCAACGAGCAGCGGACGCAGGGCCUGCUGUGCGACGUGGUGAUCCUGGUGGAGGGCCGGGAGUUCCCCACGCACCGCUCGGUGCUGGCGGCCUGCAGCCAGUACUUCAAGAAGCUGUUCACGUCGGGCGCCGUGGUAGACCAGCAGAACGUGUACGAGAUCGACUUCGUCAGCGCCGAGGCCCUCACGGCCCUCAUGGACUUCGCCUACACGGCCACGCUCACCGUCAGCACGGCCAACGUGGGCGACAUCCUCAGCGCCGCCCGCCUGCUGGAGAUCCCCGCCGUGAGCCACGUCUGCGCCGACCUCCUCGACCGGCAGAUCCUGGCGGCCGACGCGGGCGCCGACGCCGGGCAGCUGGACCUCGUGGAUCAGACCGACCAGCGGAACCUCCUCCGGGCCAAGGAGUACCUCGAAUUCUUCCAGAGCAACCCCAUGAACAGCCUGCCCCCCACCGCCGCCUUCCCCUGGUCUGCUUUUGGCACGUCCGACGAGGACUUGGACGCCACCAAGGAGGCCGUGGCCGCGGCCGUGGCCGCCGUGGCCGCCGGCGACUGCAAUGGCUUGGACUUCUACGGGCCGGGGCCGCCGGCCGAGCGGCCCUCGGCCGGGGACGCGGACGAGGGCGACAGCAACCCGGGCCUGUGGCCGGAGCGGGACGAGGACGCCCCUGCCGGGGGCCUCUUCCCGCCGCCCGUGGCCCCGCCGGCCACCGCCACGCAGAACGGCCACUACGGCCGGGGUGGGGAGGAGGAAGCGGCCUCGCUGUCGGAGGCGGCCCCCGAGCCGGGCGACUCUCCGGGCUUCCUGUCGGGCGCGGCCGAGGACGGGGACGGGGACGGGCCCGACGCGGAUGGGCUGGCGGCCAGCACGCUGCUGCAGCAGAUGAUGUCAUCGGUGGGCCGGGCGGGGGCGGCGGCGGCGGCGGCGGCGGCGGGGGACAGCGACGACGAGUCGCGGGCGGACGACAAGGGCGUCGUGGACUACUACCUGAAGUACUUCAGCGGCGCCCACGACGGGGAUGUUUACCCGGCCUGGUCGCAGAAGGUGGAAAAGAAGAUCCGGGCCAAGGCCUUCCAGAAGUGCCCCAUCUGCGAGAAGGUCAUCCAGGGCGCCGGCAAGCUGCCGCGGCACAUCCGGACCCACACCGGAGAGAAGCCCUAUGAGUGCAACAUCUGCAAAGUCCGAUUCACCAGGCAGGACAAGCUCAAGGUGCACAUGAGGAAGCACACGGGCGAGAAGCCGUACCUGUGUCAGCAGUGCGGGGCGGCCUUCGCGCACAACUACGACCUGAAGAACCACAUGCGCGUGCACACCGGCCUGCGCCCCUACCAGUGUGACAGUUGCUGCAAGACCUUCGUGCGCUCCGACCACCUGCACAGACACCUCAAGAAGGACGGCUGCAACGGCGUCCCCUCGCGCCGCGGCCGCAAGCCCCGCGUGCGGGGCGGGGCGCUCGGGGGGCCCGACCCCUCCCCGGGGGCCGCCGCCCCGCCCGGCGCCGCGGCCCCGCCCGGCUCCCCCGACGGCCGGCGCAACGGCCAGGAGAAGCACUUUAAGGACGAGGACGAGGACGAGGACGAGGCCGGCGCUGAAGACCUGAGCAGGUUGAAUGUAGCGGGUGCCGGCGGAGGGGGAGGCGACGGGGGCGCCGGGGCCACCGCCGACGGCAGCUUCGCGGCCGGACUUGCCUGAAAACCAAAAAGAGAAAACAGAAACCCGAGAGAGAGAGAGAGAGAGAGAGACAGAGAGAGAGAGAGAGAGAGAAAAUCACCCACC